AUGGGGGAAAUGAAUUUCAAUGCUUUCGUCUUUGAUUUUACUGCCUGCGAGAAAGAAUUCGACCGUAAUUUGGGAGCCAUUAAGAUAAAUUCAGGUGCUUCAUUCCAGCAGAGGAAUAAUCCAUAUUUUGUCAUAACAAUAAAACAACAUAAUUCUCCUGGUUCGAGGGCGCAGUAUGUGCGUAUUCCGGCAAAAUUUUGGAAAUCGAAUGGCCUGAAUGAGAAGACUAGUGUAAAUCUGAGAGAUCCUUCAGGCAAGAAAUGGCCAGUGGAACUAAAAUUUGACAAAAAUGGUACAAGUUAUCAUCGUUUAAUUAUGCUUAGGGGCUGGAAGCAGUUUUAUGAAUCCAACAAGCUAAAAAAUGGAAAUGUUUGCACUUUUGAACUCAAUCAUAAUCCAGAAGGGUCCACUGUUGCUUCAAUGGAUGUGCACAUUGAAAGAGCUCCAAAUUGA